GUCAACCCGGUCAGGAUCGAAAAGCUCGCCGACUUAGAGACACUCGUCUCGUGUUUACCCAGACUUGAGACAUCACGCCCGGCCGAUGCGAUCUACUCCCUUGUUCAGGUCGCAUCAGACAGCAAUAUGAUCACCAUCGAUUACCGGCUCGGAGAUCUCUAUAUCUUCCAGGAUUUUGUCAGGCAUUAUAUCCACACGUCCCAGACGCUUAAUAUCAUCUGCAGGCACUGGGUCCCGCUUCGCCUGACGCCCGGCUCCCGGUCCUGGCUCCCCUCUUGGAUGCUAUGUGCUAGGAAUCUAUUCCUGGGAGGCGCUUAUGGCGCUUCAGGCAUCAGUGGCGACAACUUAGUCGGAACACCCAAUCACAAGCCGUACAAUGCAUCGAAAGGCACUGUCGCUACUGCCAUCUUCCGGGCUAUCGUGGACAAGACUCUCAAAGAAAAGAAAUCACUAACUGUAAACGGCUUCGGCAUUGGGACUAUAAGCGGGAUAUCCCCAUCGUCCUCAAGUUACGUCCCGACGGAAGCGAUGCACUUCUCAGGCUGGUCCAGCGCUGACUCCAGCGUGCCGGAUUGCCUCUGGCGAACUCUAGUGGCUGAUCGGGGUCCGCACGGAAUGAAAAUACCCAGCUGGUACCACAGCGCAUGCCAGUAUUAGCUAAAGCUUAGUGGGGAAGGCGACAUCGAUAUAGAAAGGCGACUCGGAGAGAAUCCUCCUUCGAUGGCAUUAGAAUACCUCACUCGUGUCUGCAACCUUCUUUCCAAUCGCCGAUUCUUCGUCCUUUCCACUCCUG